AUGGAAGCCAAGCAGCACUCCAUAAAGAGCCUGAAGAGCUACCCAGAGGCGGGGGGCCGGAGCCUGGCGGCGGCGGCGGGAGACGUCGGCGUUGGAGGUGGUGGAGGGUCUCGUGCCGGCUCGGCACAGAUGGAGAUGGAGGCAAACAUACAGAAAGCCAUUGACUUCAAGGUGGAGGGCCACCGCUGCUACAAGGAGAAGAAAUUCCGGGAAGCGAUAGGGAAGUACCACCGGGCUCUGCUGCAGCUGAAAGGGGUACAUUUAGUUGAUGGAACCUCGGGCUCCGAGGUCAACCUCCUGAGCCAAGCCGCGGUCAAGCUGACGGAGGAGCAGCGGAGAACUGUGGAGAUCACGGAGAUCGAGUGCUACGACAGCCUGACAGGUGAGUAGCUAGCCUAGUCGGUGUUUUUGAUCGGCGUCGCGCGUCCACGCAACGGGAGAGACCCCGGCUCUUGAGGGGCUUGAGCCUGGAAGCUCGUGUUCUGAGAUUGAACCACGGCUGCCAUUGUUCGUUUCGGUUCACCGGGUUAGGAAGGAACGAGUUUAGACAAUUAGCCAGUGUCAAGCAUAAUUUCCGCUGCUGUGAGGCCUGUAUGGGGGUAGGUUAAUAAGAAUUGGCUUAAUAAUACAUUAAUAGCUCGUGCAUUGCACAAUGGACAGCGCCAUGGUGCUGAAUUUAGACGGGUAGAUAGCGAAUGUGUCCAUAUUUUUCAUUGUGUGAUAUUCCUGCCAUUUCAACGUGAAAUGUAUGGCCAAUCUUGAUUAAAGGUCCAAUGCAGCCAUUUUCAUCUCAAUAUCAAAUAAUUUCUGGGAAAUAAUUAAGUACCUUACUGUGAUUUUUUUAUACAUUUACAUAUUAGUAAUUUAUCCAGAGCGAUUUACAUGAGCAAUUAGGGUUAAGUGCCUUGCUUAAGGGCACAUCGACAGAUUUUUCACCUAGUCGGCUCGGGGAUUAGAACCGGCAACCUUUCGGUUACUGGCACAACGCUCUUACCCACUAAGCUACCUGCCGUUUUCAAUAACAAAUGUAAAAAAUAAAGAAAAAUAGCUUCUUAGCAUAGAGCAAUUUCUCGAGCAAUAAUUGUCCUAGGACUGACUGGAAUUGGACUGAGUUGGGAGGAAAAAACAGAAAACUAGCUGUUAUUGGCAGAGAGUUUUGGAACUCUCUUUGUUAUUGGUCUGUUAACUAAUGUCACCAGGCAGGCCAAAACUCCAAACAGGCUGAAAUUUCAGGCAGUCUUUUCGAACAUCUCUUACACUAAAAGGGCAUUAUCAUUUUCACAAUUUCACAGUAUUAUUCCAACCUCAUAGUGUGGAAAUAUAUAUAUAAAACACUGGAAAAUCAUGUUUUUGACUGCACUGGGCCCUGAUGAUUCCUUUAUUAGUAACUGGCACACAGGUUAAUUAUAAUACCUUAUCAUUUGUGUGCUAGACUCGUUUUUGCCUCAAGCCAUAUCUUCCUCUUGCGAUUCUUAUCAAGUUUUUUUUUCAAUAUCAGACUCUCUUUGUUGUGCUCCAUUGAAGUUUAUUUUUGGUUCUCUUGAUUCCAAACCUUCUCCCACAGUUAAUUCAUUUGAUAGCCAUGGGGGAAACCAGUGAUUUGAUGGUGAUCAGCUGUUAAUGUAGUCAGUGGAAAGGCUAUAUUAACAGGAGUGUACAUCCUGUGGAAAAGGGACACAAAUACACACAGUGGGAGCCUGGGGUUAUAUGCUGCCAUUUCAUCCAACACAUGAUGUCUCCCACAGUGCCACUGUGUUGUUACAAAAACAGUUCACAUGCUCUGAGGUGAGAAAACAUGGUGUGGACAAUCCCAGUUUACAGGUGAAAUCUGUCUACAUGGAUCCUAGAAUUACCUCACAAAUACAAGUAAUAUGCCACUAUGACUGCGUUUACACAGGCAGCCCAAUUCUGAUAUUUUACCCAAAUAUUGACAAAAGAGCUGAUCUGAUUGGCCAAAAGACCAAUUAGUGAAAAAAAUCAGAAUUGGGCUGCCUGUGUAAACGCAGCCAAUGAAUUGAAACUCACAACAAUUUGUAUGGUUAGAAUAAUUGACAAUAUUAGGACUCUUUUCUGGUCAGCAUCAUCAUGUCUGGUCAUCAAGGUUAAUCCCUCUAUCAAACCAUGCACAAGUGUCAAUUAAAUAGGCUAUGUAUGUGUCAUGUAAUUAGAAAAGAUCAACUGAUAUCUUACUCAGAUAAACUUAAUAUCUCUAACAAUGAGAUAUGAGUAAAGCUGAGCUUACAGAUAUUUGUUAUUGGUAAUUCUUUGAAUAAGAAAUAGGAUAAUCUAUUCAACAGAUGUGAGUGUGAGAGAAUGUAACCUGCCAGAUAAUCUAUGAAACAGAUGUAUGAGAUGUGAUUCUAACAGAUACAGUAGUCUGUCUGGCAGAUGUGAGUUGGCCUAUAGGAGAUUAGAUGUGUCAGUGGGUCUAAUGAUGACAGGAUAAAAUAUUGUUUACCACUGUGAUAGUAGUCUGUCUACAUGAGAUUAUGGCUAAGGUGUUAUAUAAUGCAUUGUGAAAUCUAUUUGGUGAGUGAUAUACUUUAUGGUGCUGUCUUAUUCAUUUUGUUGACUAUAUCUAUGAGGAUUCAGCACCCUAUUAUUCAGAAGAAUCUCUGAUUCAGCAUGCCAUUUUAAGUAAAAGAUAUUCUAACAAACAGUUAACAUGAAAAUAUAGAAUGGUUAAAGGCAGGUUGGGUUGCUGUGGUGCUGGCUGUGUCUCUCUGUCCUGGCUCCGCUGGGUCCUGGCUCAGCUGGUGUGACAGGCUGAAGGUUGGCUCUCUCUGCCCCGUCUUAUGGCCCUCUGUCUGGGCCCUGUGGGGAAGAUACCCUGGCGUGAAGGAGAAAAAGAGUGGGAGGUCGGGGGAUGGGAAGAGAGGGUAAAAGAACGAGAGGGAGAGUAAAAGAGAGAGGGGGAGAGAGAAGAAGAGAGGAAGAAAGAGAAAAGGAAGAUGGAAAGCGAGGCAGCUACGAAGAGAGGGAGAGAGUGUGAGCGAGCGAUAGGCGGCGUAUUUUCCAUGGCAACCAUCACUGGGCUUUUUCCUGUUUUAUUCACCUCAUUCUGCUCUCACUUCUCACAAUAACAAAGACCCAUACACACAGGGAUUGUUUGAUAUUUCGUGACCUCUCCCCCAAUCUCACAGUGUUGAAAAUAACAACAAUGAUAACAGUAAUAGCAGUGAUGGUGCUCAUAGCCCACAUUCUCUCAGUGGUGUACAUUUUUCAGAUAAUGUAUUUGUGAUUAUUUUAUUUUAGAAUGAAUAAAAAUACAUUAUUCGUACACAUUUCAUAAGACUGGAGACCUCUCCACCCUACCAACGGUCUGGUUACCCAGAGUCCUGCUGGACAGAAGGUGGCCCCUGUGGUGUUGAGUGAGGCAGUGUUUUGAUUGGCCAGCUGUCUUAGUCUCUGACGCAUGAUACAGAGGCAACAGAGCGGACAGCCUUACCCUCAGCUCCUCUGUGUGUGUAUGUAUGUAUGUGUGUGUGUGUGUGUGUCUGUGUGUGUGGGAUUCCGUUUGUCUCAGCAAUUGUAGCUCUGAAGAACAGCAGCUAACCAAGGGGGUAUCUGAUAUGGGGAAGGGUGGGGGUGCAUAGCUUGUUUCUCGCCCUGCCAUUCCCACAGUGCCCAUACUGACAUUGCUGUGUGUGUGUUGUCUGUUUUUUUGUGUAGGGAUGUGCAAGCUUAUGUUGUUUUUACCAGAUUCUGUCUGA